UCCAAGGACAUUUUAAUAUUUUAUCAGUUAAAUUAGCUCAUGCGCUCCCCUCCGCUUCUCUUAUUGUUUCAGUCUCCGUCUUCGGAAUCUCCACAAUUGCAUGCCGGCAUUGAAUCCGAGUCAGCGUGGCUGCUGAAGGAUUCCUUAUGAUUUCCGUUUCGCAUACAAAAUGACUUCGGCUCCGAGCCUCCCAACGAGGCAAUCCAGAUCACUUGGCUUCUGCGAUUGAUCGAUCUGGCUGUCUGAGGACAGACACGGGUAAGGUUUCGGCGAUGUCUUCGAUGGUGGGAACCGGUGCUGGCCAAGCCGGAAGCGCUGAAGGUGAUUGGAUGAUGCCGCCACUCUCGGUGCUCCUCAAGCGGGAGCUGACUAGCGAGAAGAUCGGUAAGCCCGAUAUCCUUCAUGGUCUGGCCAGCCGGAGCAAGAAGGGCGAGGACUUAACUUUUCUCAAGACCGAGUGCCAGCGGGUUCCCGGAAAUGGCGCCACCACCUUCUCCGUCUUCGCGCUAUUUGAUGGUCACAAUGGAUUAGCAGCUGCAAUAUAUGCUAAGGAGAACCUCUUAAACAAUAUUUUGUGUGCCAUUCCUUCAGGUCUUACUAGAGAUGAAUGGUUAGCAGCUCUACCUCGAGCUUUAGUUGCAGGCUUUGUCAAAACAGAUAAAGAUUUUCAAGAUAAAGCUGAACCUUCAGGAACGACAGUUACAUUUGUGAUUAUAGAUGGGUGGGCGGUAACAGUAGCAUCAGUAGGUGAUUCACGCUGUAUUCUUGAAUCUGCUGAUGGUUCACUUUACCUUUUGUCAGCAGAUCACAGGCUGGAUGAAAAUAAAGAGGAGGUCGAACGUGUUACUGCAAGUGGGGGUGAGGUUGGAAGACUAUAUCUUGCCUGUGGGGCAGAGAUUGGACCUCUCAGGUGUUGGCCUGGUGGCUUGUGUCUCUCAAGGUCGAUUGGUGACGUGGAUGUUGGUGAAUUCAUUAUUCCUAUUCCCCACGUGAAGCAAGUGAAGCUAUCAAAUGCUGGAGGCCGACUUAUCAUCUCUAGUGAUGGUGUGUGGGAUGUUUUGACUUUUGAAUCAGCUCUGAAUUGUUCUCGUGGACAUCCAGCGGAUAUUGCUGCUAACAAAAUUGUUACGGAAGCUGUGCUGGUAAAGGGACUUAGGGAUGAUACAACAUGUAUAGUGGUUGAUUUAUUGCCGCCAGAAAAUAUCUCUCCUUUUGUUUCCCAACCAAAGAAGAAAGGGAUGAGGGUCUUAAAGAAUAUGUUCCACAAAAAGCCAUAUGAUUCACCAUCUCACCUUUUUGUAAGAAACUACUUUGGACCGUAUGCAGUGGAAGAAUUAUUUGAAGAUGGUUCUGCAGUACUUGCUCAAAGGUUAAACAUGGUAUAUCCAAUAUGCAACAUGUUCAAGCUACUUGUAUGCGCAGUAUGCCAGGUUGAGAUGAAACCUGGUGAGGGCAUUUCUGUUCAUGCUGGUUCAUUAAAAUCUGGUAGAGUUUGUUUAUGGGAAGGCCCGCUACUUUGCCAGAGCUGCCAGUUUAAGAAAGAAGCUAUGGAAGGAAAAAGACCUUCAAGAAAUUUGUGUAGAAAGCCUGAUGGAAAUGAAUAUUACUAGAUCUCCUUCAGAAGCUCCGGUGGUCAUCCAUUUAUAUUCAUCAUAGAAGUUCUGAUAGAGAUUGCACACUGAGAUUAAGGUUUUGUUUGGGAUGGCUUUUUUACUUCUUCGUAAAGCAACUUUUUAGUACAAUUUUUUUUUUUACUAGAAAUCUGCUUUAAGAUGCAGUAAAAAAGCCGUCCCAAAUGAAACCUAAAGGUCUUCCUUACCGCUCCACUACAUUCUUCGUCCAUGCAAAGUAGCAUGGGGAUUGUGUCCGAUUAACAAAGUUCAGGUCCUUUAUUCUAUCCUAUGACUUCGGUCCAUUCAACAAGUAUAUUUUUGCAAUCCUUUGCGAAGCAACAGGUACUGACCAAUAGAUUGUUUUAGGUUCACCAUGCAUAUUUUCCAUUCUAGAGGAAGAUAGCAGGGUAGUAUGUAUUAUAAUCUUAGAAUUAUAGGUACCCCAUAGAUGGGCAAAUUAUUUGGUGCUGAGUCCGGACGUAGCAUUUUGUCCGGAUUCCAAUUAAAUGUUUACACGUGUAUUAA